GGGCGGGCACUGCCCUGGGCUACACCGCCUGCCUCCCCGGGCUCACCGGCAGUGAGGCUUCAUGGGGCAAACACCCCAGGGCGUUCAGGGGUGAUGGUAGGCCUCUGGGAAUGGGUGAGCAGAGCAGGUGUCAGUGCAGAGCCACGAGGACUCAGCACGACGACUCAGGCUCACCUCUGCCCGCAGCACCCCCCCACCCAGGAUGCGCAUUAGCAGGAAGCUGGGUCAGGAGCCAGAGCCGGGACUCAGCCCAGAGCCGGGACUCAGCCCAGAGCCGGGACGCAGCCCAGAGCCGGGACUCAGCCCAGAGCCGGGACGCAGCCCAGAGCCGGGACGCAGCCCAGAGCCUCGGUGGAGGCCCCAUCCCGGGAAGCCAGAACCCACUCCUUCCUGCCCUGCCAUGGGAGGACCACCAGGGCUCCGGCUCGAAUCCGCCGAGCUUCUGCUCUCCUGACCACUGCCCACGCCUUGACCUCGGCCCAGGCUCCCUCCGGCUCCAGGAGCCAAGGGUUGCUCUCAGCGCUGCCCGGAAGCCCCUCCAGCUUUCACACUCACUUGGCCCAGGGAUCGACUGCUCUGAACUCGUCAUCCCCCUCCUUGGAGCAUCUGCUCAGAGAACCCACCGCAUUCAGCAAACCGCUGAGUCACCGCAGAGGCUUGGUCGGCUGCAGGUGGAAGACGGCGGGCCCGCGCGUGCCACGGACCAUCAGUUAGUUCCCCAUGACCGCAGAGAUGGGGUCACCUGUAGGCAGCCGGCAAGCGCCCGUCUUCAGAGCAGCCCGGCCACUCCACCCUGCGCUGCUGGGCUGCGGCAGUGCUGGUUUGGCUGAGAUCCGGAGCAGCAGACACGGAAAGAGGGUGGAGCAGUCGGCUCCCCCCAACCGCAUAGCCGAACACCUGCCACAGGCUGUUCUAAGGAACAAGGGAAUUUUUGGCCCAUGGA